AAAAAUAAACCAAUCAAUCACCCACACCGCCAACCAUUUUGAAAUUCAGAUCUCUGUAACGGCUUCUUCCUCAUUAUCAAAACCCUAAUCUCAGAUUCCCCCAAAAUUCACACUCAAUUUCACCAUAAUUCCAUUCCAAUGGCAUCCUUAACCCCCGGAAUCCUCUUAAAACUCCUCCAAACAAUGAACACCAACACUCGAGUCACCGGAGAUCACCGGUCACCACUUCUACAAGUCAUCGGUAUCGUUCCGGCUCUCGCGGCAGGCUCAGACGACCUCUGGCCUAACCACGGGUUCUACGUCUCGCUUUCGGACUCGAUUAACUCAACGUAUGUAUCCUUAUCCGAUAGGGAUACGGAUCUUAUACUUACUAACCGGUUGCAGUUAGGGCAGUUUGUGUAUGUUGACAAGUUUGAGUUCGAUUCUCCGGUACCGCGUGUUUCUGGAGUGCGGCCGGUUGCUGGGAGACAUCCGUUUGUUGGAAGUCCUGAACAGCUUGUUGCGAGGAUUUCUAGUGCCAAGAGAGAGUUUGUAAUCCAGGCGGUUGAGGAUUCGGAUGGGUCGGGUGAUCCGGUUGCGGUUUAUUUGUCUGGUAACAAGGGAGAUGGUGGAGGGGAUGGGGUCAAGGAAAGCAGAAAUGAGGGUAGGAGCAGACAAGUACUUGCACCUAGAGAGAAUGUGAACAAUGUUGAUGAAUCAACAAAGUCUUCAGAAAAGCCGCCUCAGAGGUUUUCAAGUCCAUGUAUGAAACAGCAGAGGUCAUUAUCCGCUGGGAAAAAGAACGUGGUUGAAAGGGACCCUUCACCAGCUGGAAAAGCUAAAAGAUCGUCUUCGCCAGUGCCCUCAAAGUGCGUCGUUCCUAGCCUGGUUGCAGCCAAAGAAGAAAACCGAAAGGCUGCAAGAGAGCCAGCCAUCAUAGUACCUUCAAGAUACCGACAACCUUCACCCAACGCGCGGAGACACGCAUCCCCGAGUUCAAGGAGGAUGUCAAUGUCACCAGGAAGGAGGUUGUCUAGUGGAGUUAAAGUUACUCCGUCAACCGAUUCUGGUAACAAGAAAAAGAUGGCUACUUUGGCUGCUGAUAUUUCGAAGGUUUCGGAAGCACUUGUUGGGUCUUCCAUAAAGUCAACUGGGUCGUCCACAAAGUCAGUUGGAUCAUCCUCAAAGACAAGUAGGAAAAACUGGGAUGAAACACAUGGAGCUUCGGAAACCAAAGAGAAGAGUGUUAGUAAAAGCAAGCCAGACUUGCAAGCUAUUUUGAAGACUCAGGCUGCGCUUUCUAGACGUUUAAGUGAUGCACAUUCACAGCACGACGAUUCUCCAAUAGAAGGAAAAGUAAAACCGAGCGCGUGUGACACUCCUCCCAUUCCUGAUAGGACGACUACUACAACAGCUCUUGGAAUCACACUUCACGAAAAGAAAUGGACUGAUGGUAGUGUGCCUCUGGAUGCGGUUUCUUUAAAUCUAGCAAGGCUUGGACAGGAUGCUAUGCAAAGGAGAAAUCUGGCUUCGGUUGCUGCAGCUGAAGCGCUGCAAGAAGCCCUUGCUACUGAAGCUAUUCUCAGGAGUUUGAGCAUGUUUUCAAAUCUCUGCUCAACAUCAAAGGCUGGAAACCCUUUACCAACAAUUGACAGUUUUAUGGCUGUAUACAAUGACACUGUCAAAGCAACUGCAACAGUUGAACCACUCGCUAGCACCCACAACUGCACCAUGGUUCAUGAAACCGCACCACCCACAGACCAUUCAAAGUCCCUAGCCCUCUGGGUAGAAGCUGCACUAGCCACCGACCUCGAGGUUGUUUCCCUUCUAUCAAAACAAGGAAUCGAGUCCCCAUCUCAACCCAUUAAGAACAACACCCAUUCACAAUCGCAAAAACAAUCUCUACCCGAAACCAUCAAAAUCCAUUUAACAAUUCCGACCUGUAAAUCAUCGUUUAGCGGGUCAUGGAUGAAAGGCAACGGAAUGAAGGAGAGUUAUGAACUAGGAAUGAGUUUGCAAAAGGAGAUGCAAACAUGGUUCUUGAAGUUUGUUGAAGAGUCACUAGAUGCUGGUUUCCAAGUUUUUGGGAAGAAUAGUGGUAAUAGCUCUGAAGUGGGUCCCAUCAAGGUGAUUUUAUCACAGCUUAAACGAGUUAACGAUUGGUUGGAUCGCAUGGUCUCGAAGCAGGACGAGGCGUUGACUGGCGCAGUUGACCGACUGAAAGGAAAGAUUUACAGGUUUGUUAUUCAACAUGUUGGUACUACAUAUGACAACUCGUCUUGAUGAUGGACACUUGAAUUUACUACAAAAUAAGUCUGCUGUUUUAUCAUAAAUUUGCUAGUUUGUUGCAAGAACGAAAAUGUUUUUCUUGUUUGGUAAUUUUGAAUAGUGUACAAGAAGGCAAGCUUAUUUGCCAAAUUUAAUUUAAUUAAAUCAUAUUUUCAGUUGUUUGAUGAAA